UCCAUCCAUCCAUCCAUCCAAAUCAAUACCCCAAAUCUAUAUAUGAAAUCCAAUAAUAUUCAGGAUUCAUUCACAAUAAUCACUGAUUACAUUCAUGGUAGAUUAAUGGAGUUUUUCAAGAUUCCAGCACCCGCCAUGUAUCUUCUUCUUCUUCUUCUUUCACUGUCCAAUCAUCGGUUGAUAUGUGCAGAGACAGAGAAAUCAGUGUACAUUGUCCACAUGGACAAGUCCCACAUGCCCAUGGUUUUCUCCACGCGCCGCCACUGGUACAACUCAUUGAUGGCCUCUCACGCGCCGCCGCAACGCAACCCCAUCUACGUCUACGACAAUGCCUUCCACGGCUUCAGUGCCCUGCUGUCGGAAAACCAGCUCCAAUCCAUGUCCGCCACGCCGGGAUUCGUCUCCGCCUAUCGAGAUACCGUCAGAAUCUCCGCUGACACCACGCGCUCCGUCGACUUCCUCUCCCUCAGCACCGCCGCCGGAAUAUGGCCGGCGUCGCAGUACGGCGAGGACGUCAUCAUCGGCGUCAUCGACACCGGAAUUUGGCCGGAGAGCCCGAGCUUCCGCGACGACAGGAUCGGAAAAGUCCCCGCCCGGUGGAAGGGGAUCUGCCAGGCCGGAGAACAAUUCAAUUCGUCGCACUGCAACCGGAAAUUGAUCGGAGCUAGGUACUUCAACCGAGGAGUUCUGGCGGCGGAUCCAAAUAUUACGAUUCCGAUGAACUCCGCCAGGGAUAUCGACGGCCACGGCACUCACGUCGCCUCCACCGCCGCCGGGAGCUUUGUCUCCGGCGUUUCGUACUUCGGCUACGCCGGAGGCGUAGCGAGAGGCGUCGCGCCGCGCGCCAGACUGGCAGUGUAUAAGGUCUUGUGGAAUGUCGGCAAUGGCGGCGUGGCUGAUCUUCUAGCCGGAAUCGACCAGGCCGUCACCGAUGGCGUCGACAUUCUUUCGAUUUCCCUGACGACAGGCCCCAGCAACAUUAACCUUUACGAGAAUCCUCUUUCGAUCGCCAGCUUCGGCGCCCGGGAGAAAGGCGUCGUCGUGUGCUUUUCCGGUGGGAAUCGGGGGCCGAGCGUUAGGACAAUCCGGGAGAAGGGAAUCCCGUGGGCGAUAAUCGUGGCCGCAUCGACCAUCGAUCGUUGGUUUGCCGGAAUCUUGACUCUCGGCAACGGAAAAUCCAUCACUGGGUGGACUCUUUAUCCAGGAAAAGUUUCGGUUCAAAAACUGCCAAUUGUCUACAACGAGACAUUAUCCGUUUGCAAUUCGAUCCUGUCGGAGCUAACCUCCGACGUAAUAAUCGUAUGCAAUCUGACCCUCAACCCGUUCAUCGACAGCAUACUAUUCAAUCUCCCGCUCUCCCGCGCCCGGGCGGCGAUCAUUGUCGGCGAAGACGCCACCGUUUUCGAAUCCACGUCGUUCCCUUUCCCGGGAACGGUAAUCACCCCAGCCGAGGGACAGGAGGUGCUCGACUAUAUAUCGAGCACCGCUGCCCCCCGGGGGAGUAUUAGUUUCAAGCAAACAAUUCUCGGUCCAAAGCCGAGGCCGGCUCCGGCCUUGGCGCAAUUCUCGUCCCGGGGCCCGGCCCGGAGCUACGAAGGGAUAUUAAAGCCCGACAUUACGGCGCCAGGGGUGCUGAUCCUCGCGGCAUUCAGCCCUGUUGUGUCCGGGCCGAGUAUCGGCAACAACACUCGACUAUUUAGUAACUACACUCUCUUGUGGGGGACUUCCAUGGCCUGUCCCCAUAUAUCGGGUGUCGCUGCCCUUUUAAAGGCGGCGCAUCCCGACUGGACCCCAUCGGCGAUCCAAUCCGCGAUAAUGACGACCGCCGAUCCUCUCAACAACGUAAAGCAACCGAUCAGGGAGACCGACGGCACGCUUGCCUCGCCGCUUGCCAUCGGAUCGGGAUUAGUUGAUCCGAACCGCGCGCUAAGUCCGGGCCUUGUUUACGACAACACGCCGCAGGACUUCGUGAACCUCGUUUGCGCAUUGAACUUCACGGCGAACCAAACCCGGACACUCAUCCGGUCGAGCUACAAUUGCUCGGCACCGUCGCCUGACCUCAACUACCCGUCGUUCGUCGCGGUUUUCCGGCCUCCCGACGAGGGGCGGACGGUGACGAGGCGAUUUGAGAGGAUUGUGACGAAUGUCGGGGACGGCGCCGCCACUUAUACAGCGAGCGUGGAGGCGCCGGGGAAUACGACAGUGAGGAUCAGUCCGGCGAGGUUAAUUUUCCGGCGGAAGUAUGAGAAGGUGAAGUAUAGUUUGAGUGUGAGAUUUGUGGCGAGUCUUGAUGAGCAACACAGGCCUGGAUCGGUGACGUGGACUGAUCAGACAGGGAAGUACAGUGUAAGAAGUCCUCUUAUGGUCUCCGCCGGCGCUGAAUUCUUUGAGUAGUUUAGGAUUCCGAUGGGGAAUUGUAAUGUAACGCCGGCUGUCUUGUCGGAAAAAGUAUCGGGCGCGGCUUAAGAAAGGGAAGAUAAAUAAGUGCCUGAUUAUGUUGUAAUUUUAACGAAGAGUAUAUAUAUAUAUAUGUGUGUAUUUGUGCUUUA